UAGCUUUGAAAAGAAGUGCCUUGCUGAAACCUUAAACUCCGGCAGAGAGUGCUGAAGUCUUUUAUCAGUGUGUUUUUUUUUCAGUACCGAAACUGACCAGAGAACAGCAAACCUAAAAGUUUCCUCCAAGUCAUUUCCCACCGUUCCCAGCUAGGCGCUCAGUUUAUUGUUUUGUCCGGGCUGAAGAGGAGUGGGUCACGGAAGGUGUACGCUCAAGUCGUGUAUGUGUCGCUUCGGCAGGGGUCUCUUCCCUGAUGCGUCACGUUCAUUGCUAGGAGAGGGGCUGAGUGCGGGUGGCGAGCGGGCGGCACGGGUGUAGCGCGAGCAGCAGCAGCUGUGCGGUUCAUGGCUGUGCACUGCGGCAGAAGAGCGGCCAGCUGAGAGCCAUGGAUGUAGUGGACGAGACAGAGGCACUGCAGAGGUUCUUCGAAGGACAUGAUAUUAACGGGGCUCUGGAGCCCAGCAACAUUGAUACCAGCAUUCUUGAAGAAUAUAUAGACAAAGACGAUUCCUCAGAAAUCUGUUUUCCAGAACUUCCAUCUUCGGCCAGCUACACAAACUCUCAGCCGUCCAGCUCCACGUCAGUAAACCCUUCUUUUGUCACUGCUAUUGGGGCUCAAGGCCAUGUGAACAUCCCUUCAUCUGGUAGUAUUCAUCACCUAUCUCAAGUGAGCAGUCCACUCCAAAUCCGCCACAUUCCUAAUCCUUGCAGCCAGAGCUACCACACUCACCUGAACUGUAGCAGCAACAGUGGAAUAGUAACAAAAGGCUAUCCUAGUGGGCACUGUGUGAAUGGAACCCCUGCUGUCAAGUCAGAACCAAAAGCUUUGUAUGCACCCAGCACUUUACCUGACUCUCCUCCAGACUCUGGAUCUGAACCUUACUCCCCCCCUCAGGUGAAUGAUCCCCAUCUUCGUACAAUGACACCAGAAAAUAUAUGCCACAUGACGCCCUCCUGUAGACUGGAGCACCCCCCUCCUUCUCACUUUCAGCCUCCUUCAGAACAACUUCCUCACCAACAGCACACCCCUCACUAUUCUAACUUGCAGCAGGACUUGUACAUGAAGUCAGAACCAAUAACGCCUCACUACUCAAUUGGACAAGGGAUGAGCACCAGUGAUUUCCACCACGCACAGCAACCACAGAUGCUUCAUCACUUGCUACAGCAGCAUCAGCAGCAACAGCAGCAGCAGCAGCAGCAGCAGCAGCAGCAGCAGCAUGGAGCAGAUUCUUUGCGGUAA